GCGCGCGCGUCCCCACCCUCCGGCGCCCCUCCUGCAGCUCGCGCUAAAGAGGCGUGCUCGCGCAGAACUUCACACAAACACACGGAGAGGCGGCAGGAGCGCAGCUGGUGCACGAGUUCGGGAAAACGACGUCGGUCAUGUCUGCGGAAGAAGCGGCCGCGCAGCAGCAGCAGCAGCAGGUGGGGGGUGAUCCGGCGCCGGCCCCCGAGUCCCAGCAGCUGCAGCAGCAGCAGGACCCCCCCACCUACCGGUGCCUCGUGCUCACGGGCCACGGCGGCUACGACAAGGUGAAGCUGCAGGUGAAGAAGGGGCUGCCGGCGCUCGCCAAAGGCGACGUGCUCGUGCGCGUCAAGGCGUGCGGCCUCAACUUCGCGGACCUCAUGGCGCGACAGGGGCUCUACGACCGGCUGCCGCCGCCGCCCGUCACCCCCGGGAUGGAGUGCUCCGGCGUGCUGGAGGCGCUGGGGGAGGGGGUGCAGGAGCGGAGGGUGGGCGACAAGGUGUUGGUGCUGCACCGGUGCGGCCUGUGGCAGGAGCUGGUGGCGGUGCCGGCCAACCACACCUUCCUCAUGCCGGAGGGGAUGAGUUUCGAGGAGGCCGCCGCCAUUCCCGUCAACUACAUCUCCGCCUACAUGAUGCUCUUUGACUUUGGCAACUUGCGGCCCCACCAGAGCGUACUGGUGCACAUGGCGGCAGGGGGCGUUGGCAUCGCCGCCGCUCAGCUCUGCAAGACGGUGGAGGACGUGACCGUGUUCGGAACGGCGUCGGCCAGCAAACACGAGGUCAUCAGCCAAGGAGGCGUGACUCACGCCAUCGACUACCGCAGCCGCGACUACGUGGAGGAGGUGCGCAAGCUCAGCCCCAAAGGUGUUGACAUCGUCCUGGACCCUCUGGGUGGCUCUGACACCCAAAAGGCCUUCAACCUGCUGAAGCCCAUGGGCAGAGUGAUCACGUACGGCGCCGCGAACCUGCUGACGGGUCCUAAGAAGAACCUGCUGGCCAUGGCCAAGAUGUGGUACAACCAGUUCUCCAUCAGUGCCCUGAGCCUCAUGCAGAGCACCAAGGGUGUGUGUGGUUUCCACCUGGGUUAUCUGGACGUUGAGUCCGAGCUGGUGUCCAGCGCCAUGAGCAAACUGCUGGAGCUGUACGGCCAGGGCAAGAUCGAGCCUCGCGUGGACUCGACGUACCACUUCGAGCAGGUGGGCGACGCGAUGCGGCGAAUGCAGGAGAGACGCAACAUUGGUAAAGUGAUCCUGCUGCCGGAGCCCAAGAAGGAGGAGGAGGCCAAGAAGGAAGAGCCCAAGAGUGAGAAGACAGAAGAGACCAAGAAAGAAGAGAACUGAGGCCUGGGGGUGGGGGUGGGAUGCGGUGGGGGCAUGGGUGCUGGACAGGAAACCGAAAUGCCUGUCUUUGGGGACUGCGAUUAAAUUGUAGGGGUCGGGGUGGGUUGGAUCGCAUUAUCACAUAAAGCAGUCACCUGGAAGCCAUCUGUCGUCUAGGCCUGGUUUGGUCUUUGACCUCCAUUCCUUAGUCCAUGAUUGACCGGGGGGGUUGAUUAUGAUUAUUAGUAGUAACUCAAGUUAUUGGGAGGCUUCAGCUUUUUCUCAACACUCCUGGUACUUGUUUCAGAUGUUGGGUUGAAGGUCCUUGGGGACUGUGGCUGGCUUCCAGAGUGUGGUGGGGGGGGGACUGGCAACAGGCUGACCUUUUCUGCGCGCACACACAUCAAUACCGGUCCACAGACAAAGUAAGUAGUCGGGUCCCCCCAGGCAGCAUGUCUCAAACUCACACCUUCAUAUUCCACGUACAUCAACGUAAGGUGUAACAUUCUGUUUAGUAAUGGAAUGUUCUGGAACUCACCCCUUGUCUCUGCUACUGUAUGCAGAUGAGCUCUUCACAAUUACUUGACACUUAAUUUGCUUUCCGCUCAUUCUUCCUCUCUCAUGUAUGGCUAUCUUCCCCCCCCAAAGAUAGCUGGCAUAACAGCCUUCCAGCUUGCUGGGCUGUAUGACAAGGUCGGUCUGCCUGCCGAUCUCCUCUGCACUUCCUGUCAUUCUGCCCAGAGGACGCAGAGCUGACGUCUAACCCCGGCGCUAUUGUCAAAGAACAUAUCCGUCCCGUGACGACAUGCUCCACCGAGUGGAACUCUGCACAGGAAGUCCACUUUGAGCUCAUGGGAGGAAAUGCGCUCAGUUGUAGCGGUGUUACCAUAACAGUCGCAUAGCAGCCAGCUGCUCCCAAACACCCCCCCCCCGCCACACCGUGCGCCACUGGUGAAGUUUCUCUUUAACACCCUUUGUCCCCACGCACUUCCGGUGCUGCCUUCACCGCAGGGGGUCCUGAGGGAAACGCUGCCCCCUGUGGCCGCGGCAAGAACAGCGCUGCGUCCUCGACCGCAGUGCUGGUGUUUGUCUGCCAGGGGUCCAGGGUCCGCUCUGCAUCUGCGAGUCCUGACUGAAGGCUGAAAGCUUCCUGUUACCGUGGGGUGGGUGCACUUUGGCAUUCUCUUCCUUCAGUCAUUCCUCAGUCAGCUUUUGCUCCCGUGACGAAAGUGUUCCUUGUUGCUCUUUCACACUCUGCCUGCUGUGGAAAGGAGGGAAAUGAGACGUGACGCAUUGCACCCCCCCCCCCCCCCCCCACCGUGACGGUGUCAUUUUAGCUGUGUGCUGGGAGUGACGAGUUCCAGAAUGACCAGUGUGGCUCUUCUGUUCAAGGGUUUGAUGUGUAAUGUUGUAAACGCAACACAGGGACCUUCUAUAGUCCUGCGAUGUGAUCCCCCCGACUGUGCCGAACUACCAGACUCACGAUGCAUUUGACCGCAGAGAAAAUAACAUCCUGAGGUCCAGAGGCUAUUUUUUAAUCAUUAUUAUGAAGUGCCUGAGGGCCUGUUUAUUUCCCAAAAUCCCCACGCAAACAAAUCUUCAGCCUGUCGCUCUUCUCCGAAUAUUUACUCUGCUUUAAGAUUUAAAGCCGUUCUCUGCUCUUUGGUCUCGGUGGCUUUCGCGGUCGUACCGGAGCGGGGCGGUGGGCUGCGAUUCCGAGUGCCUGAACGGAAAGAGGACAGGAUCCACAGCGCCUGGGGAAAUGGAUUCGUAGGCCACGUGGACGCGCUUGUCAGCCUUAGAGACCUUGGGGCACUAGAACCACCGGCGAGGGCCGGAGGGCAGACCCCCCGAGGAGGGGCACCGCGUUGGGUUCCGCUGGAUCCCCUCCCGUAUUUCUCAGUCGUUUUGCUGAGAGGCAAAUAGAUGUUUUUCUCAGCUGCAGGCGUCACUCGCUGACUCCGAGGGGACUGUCCUGCGCCUCCAGAAGAAGCCUGUGGUUUGCAUUCCACUCAUCUGUGUGUCGGGAUCCGCAGGGAAGAGAAGACGCCCUUCCGCGCAAUCCUUCCGGAAACUUCUCCGUUUCAGCCUUAGAGACACGCAAAGAUUCACUCCGCUUCUUUGCUGGAGGAAGUAGUUUUUUUUUUUUUUUUUUUGGGAAGCUUCUUCCAGAAAAGGAAGGUUCUCAUUAGAUUUCCCCCCCCCGGUACGGCACUCUUCUGAUGAAUCUUCCAGCUUUGUGACCCUGCGUCGUGUCACCAUUGGGCUUCGAACCCUUGCCUGUCUGGCUGACCCAGGAAAAAGGUUUCGGUGUUCAGGUCACAAACCCAUUGGAGCCGUUUUGGGCGCUUUGCACAAACAGUCCAUGUAAACGUUUCCCCUCUUUAAUACCAUAGUAGCUGCUCGAUGGAUGAGUCUCAUCGUGCAACGUGUUCGUCUCUGUCCUCGAGUCACUACUUCAUGUACCGCAGUAAGGACCAGCAUGUCACGCUGCCUGUUCUGGUGUUUGUCCCAGUGCCUUAACCGCUGCCAGUGCCCUUUUUCUCUGGACCGCAGCGGCGGGAGGCGUACGGGUCUAGAAACCUGGAGGAGGACACACACUUGGCACAGGAUGUGUCUGGCCGACCGCUGACCCUCCUGUGUAGCUGCAGGGAGGGGCUCCAGGUGCACCGCGGUAACUCCCAUUGCCUUGACUUACUGUGACGUCCCUUCCAGUGUUGGAUACCCCCCCCCACAGUGCCACACAGGACCAUUGUUUCCAGGCUACUGGAUGCCUUGGGGCCCAUCUGUCCACUUAGCAUAUUCCUUUUUUAUUUAAAGUCAUGGUUUUCCACAAAACUCUUCUCUACACUUAAAGCCUUUGAACAAAUGCUGCUUCUGUGCUCCAGUCCAGCUUGACGGCACUGUGUGGCGCCAGUCAUAUGGACCAGACCUUCUAUUGCUUCUCUGCCUAUUGUUACCAUGUGCCUUAAGUGUUUACGACAGUAAAUAAAACGCUCAGCAGAAA